UAUCUUUUGGCGCCUGUACGCUGCAUUUGAAAAGAGAGAGAGAGGAACCCCCUCUAGUCUCUACCGAAUUACCAAUCGAUUUCUGGAUGCCUGAAGCAAUGGAGCAACAGCAGAGACAUCAAAAGAUGACCGAAGAACCCGAAGAAGUGGAAGAGAUGCAGCACGGUCCUUUCCCAGUUGAGCAGCUUCAGGCAUCUGGCAUAGCUUCCCUUGACAUAAAGAAGCUUAAGGAUGCGGGUCUCUGCACAGUAGAAUCCGUUGCAUACUCUCCAAGGAAGCAUCUGCUUCAAAUCAAAGGAAUUAGUGAGGCUAAAGUUGACAAGAUCAUUGACGCAGCAUCCAAGCUGGUUCCUUUAGGCUUUACUAGUGCUAGCCAACUCCACUCGCAGAGGCUUGAAAUCAUUCAGAUAACUUCAGGGUCGAGAGAACUUGACAAGAUUUUAGAAGGAGGAAUUGAGACUGGAUCUAUAACUGAAAUCUAUGGUGAAUUUCGCUCUGGAAAGACUCAAUUAUGCCACACAUUGUGUGUUGCUUGUCAACUUCCACUGGAUCAAGGGGGUGGUGAAGGCAAAGCAAUGUACAUCGACGCAGAAGGCACGUUCAGACCUCAAAGGCUUCUACAAAUUGCAGACAGGUUUGGACUGAAUGGUGCUGACGUUUUGGAGAAUGUGGCUUAUGCUAGAGCUUAUAACACUGAUCAUCAGUCAAGGCUUUUGCUAGAAGCAGCUUCAAUGAUGGUAGAAACCAGGUUUGCUCUUAUGAUAGUGGACAGUGCUACAGCUCUCUAUAGAACAGAUUUCUCUGGAAGGGGAGAACUCUCAGCCCGGCAAAUGCAUCUGGCAAAAUUCCUUAGGAGCCUUCAGAAGUUGGCAGAUGAGUUUGGCGUGGCAGUAGUCAUUACCAACCAAGUUGUUGCGCAAGUGGAUGGUUCUGCCAUUUUUGCUGGGCCCCAGAUCAAGCCUAUAGGUGGAAACAUCAUGGCUCAUGCUUCUACAACAAGGCUUGCCCUUCGCAAAGGAAGGGGAGAGGAGCGCACCUGCAAAUUAAUAAGCUCUCCAUGUUUAGCUGAAGCUGAAGCACGAUUUCAGAUCUCCACAGAAGGUGUUACAGAUGUUAAGGAUUGAUCAGUUCCACCUCCUUUUGGUCUUCAACCUGUUUUUUGUACCUAUUUUUGGGCCACAAUUGUGUCCGUUAAUUGUAGAGGAUAAACCAUUGUCAUGGUGGUGCCUAAGACUUGAGAGGCUUGUCUUGGGAGGGGAUGGUGGGGUGGAGGUACCCAAAAAAAAAAGAAGAGAGUAUCCAUCCUACAGAGAUGUUGUCAAAAAGCACGUAAGAUUUCAUGGUUUGAAAGUCUUUAAAUAGAGAGAGAGAGAGAGAGAGAGAGAGAGAGAGAAGCGUGAUUUCCUCUUUGAAUAUUUGCCUUCCUUUUUCUUUGCGUUUUUCCUUUUGAUAUGUUGUAAUAGUAUAAAGAGAUGUUCCAUGUUUUUUCUAUUUUUCAUGUUUUAGUCCAAAGAAAUCUGAGUACUUCUCAAUUGAAAGCCAAAUGGUUACUUGCUC